UGGAUCCAAUCUCUUGCCACUCUUCAACGGUGGAUCUCACACCGUGGCCUGUAAGGAUGUCGGCAAACUUCGCUGGAAGCGAGCUGCCACCGAGGCCUGCAGACUGUCAUCAAAUAGGAAAGGGGAAGACUUUGAGAAGCUCGUGCUCAUCUCUCUCUCUUCGAGGAUCGAAGACGCACCGCCGGAGAUGGAGCCGCCGAGGAGAGGAGGACCGGCGGUGGAGGUGAUGGGCAUGCUCGUUCUGGUGCUGCUGCUGUGCGGCGCGGCGGAGGGGUGGACCGGGGAAAUCCACGGGAGGGUAGUGUGCGAUGUGUGUGGGGAUUCCUCCAUAGGACCCGAGGAUCACGUCUUGGAAGGUGCUGAGGUAGCUAUUCUCUGCAUAACCAAAUCAGGUGAGGUUAUUAAUUAUCAGGCCUUCACAAACUCGAAAGGCAUUUACACAGUGGCAGAGACCAUGCCUGAGAGCGACAGGUGGGAGUCAUGCUUGGCAAGGCCCAUCAGCAGCUACCACGAGCAUUGCACUCGAAGGGGAGAUGCUCACUCUGGGAUCAAGUUCACUUACAAUUUGUCAUCUGGACAUUCUCAUGCUGUCAAACCAUUCCUUUACAAACCUGCUUCUCUCCCAAUGUAUUGCAGCUGAAAUUCAUGCCGCAUGUUCAGAAACAUACCGGGAACUUAGCGGUCCAAAGUCAUGUAUGUUGAUAAUUGAUUGAGGGGGGGGGGGGGGGGGGGGGGGGGAUGAAGGCACCCUAAAAGCUGUAGAAAUCAAGUUGGUUGUUCAUACUUAGUAAAAUGAAAUGGCUGUAUCUGCUGUAUUGGUUAUUUGUGUUCAUUAGCCACAGUA